ACAGAGCUCAAACUCAUUAUAGAAAUACUAUAUAAAUAGAUAUCGAUAUUAACACAUUGCCAUCGGGCGAUUUUUGCAUCAAACUAUUUCGGUGUGUGAAUUAAAACUGCGGUUAUUAUUUUUCUAAUUAAUAUUUUGUAUUGAAAUUUUUAGAUGUUGUACAUAAUUAUUAUCAGUACUGUUUUUUGGUAUGAUAUGUGGUGACACAGCUUCCUUUGUGUAUUGGUACUUCACAGAAUUUGCAUAUCGUGUUUCGCUCCUUACUCCAUGUGUUUUACAUACUAUACAUACUCUUGUGGGAUGUUUUUUAACUUUUUGUCGGUUUUAGUGUCUCAAGCGUGUGUUGUUUCAUAUCACCUAAAUCAAUAAAAGUGAGACAUUUCGUUUUCCGAUAUCUACGUAAUUUUUUUAAGAACGAGAAAUCUCGUUUCCCGAUCGCAAUGUGUUAAUAGAUAUCAAUAAAGAAACAGUCUCUUUAUUUGGACUUAAAAAAAUAUAUAUUUAUUAUUUGAUAAGAAUAUUAACUCGCCCAUAAUGUUGUGGUGUUCUAAAAAAUCGAUGGAGAUGUGUAAUUACGCUCCUAAAUUGUAUAAAUUACCGAUGCGAUGACACACAUUUUAUUAGGAAUGAAUCUUGGCAGGCUGAAGUUCUUGAAGCAAUACCGUUUGAUGAAACCGAAUCCAACUCCUCCUAUAUCAAUGAGGCUAGACGUGUUAGACCACUUAUUGGGAAUUCAUUAUAAAUUUUAAAACAUGCUUUGAUAAUUUAAAUAUAAAUAUUUUUCAUUUAACUUUUAAAAUCAAUAGUUUCAUUCAAUAAACGAUAUUAUUUUUCUUUAAAAUAAAUAUACUUAAUUUUAUUAACAUUUUAAUUUGAUUAAAAUUUAAAUAAAAUGUGUUAAAAUAAAGUAAAUAUAGUUCAUUAAUUACAGAAAAAGAAAAAUUAAAAACAACGAAUAGGUAUAGUACACCGUAAAACAACAUUACUAGAUAAUGCUUAAGCUUCUCUUUGCAGGCAAUAUUUUUAUUUUUUGAACUUCGAUUUGUAUCUUUAUAAGUUCUAGCUUAUUUUCUAUUUCUAGAUUUCUGAGGAGGAUGGAGUCAUGUGUAGAAGUUCACGCAAGUGAGGAAAGUUCUCUGAUCGCCAUUCACUUGGGAGUGGCCAGAAACGAUUCUUUUACAUAUGACUCAAGCAGCUCACGACUUCCGGUCUUUGACCAAGUAUCCUCUGGGUAGCCUAAGAACAUCCGUUUGAAGGCGAGCUAAAGUGAGAAGGCAAAACAUCCCUUGCAUAGGGUUGUGCGCUGGGGUUGGGACCCGCCACGUAAAAAAACACCCCCAAUGAAAAUCAGCUAUAAGCCUCGGAUGAGAGACCCCCCUUUAGAUGACGACCAUGGCAAACGAAAUAAGGACUACGAACUAAGGGCAUGCACCUGGAAUGUCCGGUCCCUUAAUUGGGAAGGUGCCGCUGCCCAGCUGGUUGAUGUCCUCGUGAAAAUAAAGGCUGACAUCACCGCCGUCCAAGAAAUGCGAUGGACGGGACAAGGACAGAGACGAGUAGGUCCUUGUGACAUCUACUACAGUGGCCAUAUAAAAGAGCGCAAGUUUGGUGUUGGAUUCGUGGUGGGAGAGAGACUCCGUCGCCGAGUACUAUCAUUCACUCCGGAGAAUGAACAUCUAGCCACAAUCCUCAUCAAAGCGAGGUUCUUCAACAUAUCGCUGAUUUGCGCCCACGCCCCGACGGAAGAGAAGGACGAUGUGACCAAAGAUGCUUUUUAUGAGUGCUUGGAGCGCACUUAUGAGAGAUGCCCCGCCACGAUGUCAAAAUCGUGCUUGGCGACUUCAACGCCAGGGUGGGCAAAGAAGGUAUCUUUGGCACUACGGUCGGUAAAUUCAGCCUCCACGAGGAAAAAUCCCCAAAUGGGUUGAGGCUGAUCGACUUCGCCGGGGCCCGAAAUAUGAUUAUCUGUAGUACUAGAUUCCAGCAUAAGAAGAUACAUCAAGCUACCUGGCUGUCUCCGGAUCGAAAAACCUCCAACCAGAUCGAUCAUGUUGUGAUAGACGGAAGACACGUCUCCAGUGUUUUAGAUGUGCGUGCGCGCCGAGGUCCUAACAUCGACUCGGACCACUAUAUUGUUGCAGCCAAAAUUCGCACCCGCCUCUGUGCAGCAAAAAACGUACGCCAACAAACACAAGGAAGGUUCGACGUCGAGAAGCUACAAUCACAACAGACAGCCGAACGAUUUUCUACUCGGCUUGCACUCCUGCUCUCUGAGAGCACUCGUCAACAACUCGGUAUAAGGGAACUGUGGAACGGCAUUUCAAACUCCUUACGUACAGCUGCAACCGAAACCAUUGGUUUUCGGAAAGUGCAAAAGAACAGCUGGUACGACGAAGAGUGCCGUGUCGCAGCGGUGAGAAAACAGGCUGCCUACCCCGCAACGUUACGAUCGACUACAACACGUGCGGGAUGGGAUAGAUACCGAGAGUUGAAGAGGGAAGCGAGACGCAUUUGCAGACAGAAGAAGAAAGAGGCCGAAAUGCGUGAGUACGAAGAGCUUGAUAAGCUGGCCGACAGGGGUAAUGCUCGAAAAUUCUACGAAAAGAUGCGGCGGCUUACAGAAGGUUUCAAGACCGGAGCAUAUUCCUGUAGAACCCCCAAGGUGAUCUAUCCACCGAUGCCCAGAGCAUACUUAGAUUAUGGAGGGAACACUUCUCCAGCCUGCUGAAUGGCAGUGAACACAUAACACAAGGAGAAGGCGAACCCGAUUCCCCAAUCGAUGACAAUGGAGCAGACGUUCCAUUACCCAACCAUGAAGAAGUUCAAAUAGCAAUUGCCCGCCUGAAGAACAACAAAGCGGCAGGGGCCGACGGAUUGCUGGCCGAGCUAUUCAAACACAACGGCGAAGAACUGAUAAGGAGCAUGCAUCAGCUUCUUUGUAAAAUAUGGUCGGACGAAAGCAUGCCCAACGAUUGGAAUUUAAGUGUGCUAUGCCCAAUUCAUAAAAAGGAGACCCCACAAUCUGCGCCAACUACCGUGGGAUCAGCCUCCUCAGCAUCGCAUAUAAGGUUCUAUCGAGCGUAGUGUGUGAAAGAUUAAAGCCCACCGUCAACAAAUUGAUGUGACCUUAUCAGUGUGGCUUUAGACCUGGAAAAUCAACAACCGACCUGAAUUCGCCAAAUCUUGGAAAAGACCCGUGAAAGGAGAAUCAACACACACCACCUCUUCGUCGAUUUUAAUCUGCUUUCGACAGCACGAAAAGGAACUGCCUUUAUGCCGCGAUGUCUGAAUUUGGUAUCCCCGCAAAACUUAUAGGGCUUUGUAAACUGACGUUGAGCAACACCAAAAGCUCCGUCAGGAUCGGGAAGUACCUCUCCGAGCCGUUCGAUACCAAACGAGGUUUCAGACAAGGCGACUCCCUAUCGGGCGACUUCCUCAAUCUGCUGCUGGAGAAAAUAAUUCGAGCUGCAGAGCUUAAUCGAGCAGGUACAAUCUUUUAUGAGAGUGUACAGCUUCUGACGUAUGCCAAUGAUAUUGAUAUCAUCAGCUUCAACACCCGCGCCGUUAGUUCUGCUUUCUCCAUACUGAACAAGGAAGCAAAGCAAAUGGGUCUGGUAGUGAACAAGAGCAAGACGAAAUAUCUCCUGUCAUCAAUCAAACAGUCCUCGCACUCGCGACUUGGCUCUCACGUCACUGUUGACAGUCAUAACUUUGAAGUCGUAGAUAAUUUCGUCUAUCUUGGAACCAGUGUAAACACCACCAACAAUGUUAGCCUGGAAAUCCAACGCAGGAUAACUCUUGCCAACAGGUGCUACUUCGGACUGAGUAGGCAAGACGAUAACAACUACUGAUGAGUUGAUGUUGAGAGUUUUCAGGAGAAAAGUUCUGCGAAAGAUUUACGGCCCUUUGCGCGUUGACCACAGCGAAUAUCGCAUGCGAUGGAACGAUGAGCUGUACGAGAUAUACGGCGACAUUGACAUAGUUCAGCGAAUUAAAAGACAGCGGCUACGCUGGCUGGGUCAUGCUGUCCGGAUGGACGAAAGCACUCCAGCUCUGAAAGUAUUCGAUGAAGAGGCAGCCCUCCACUCCGUUGGAAGGACCAAGUGGAGAACGACUGUCUUUGCUUGGAAUAUCCAACUGGCGCCACGUAGCGAAAAGAAGAAACGACUAUAAUCGCGUAAGCGGUGUCAACGCCAAAGUCGUCUAAUCUCUACGUUGUGACGUUUUGUUCCUGUUAGUAAAUCUUGAUUUCUUUCAAAAUUUGUAAUGCCUUCUUUUAAAUUCUUUACUUCUUCUCUUUUUCUCUGUAGUGUUCACUCCGUAAUUGUAGACUCUUACUUAAGUUAGCACAUAUUUUUUUUUGUAUCUUUACUGGGAAUGCGCGAAUAAUUUGAAGCCUAAUUGCCUGUCACGAAAAGAAAAUAUUCCGAUAAAGAAAACACGUCCGUUCA